AUGGACCCCCUGCUGCCUCUGCUGUCCCUCUCUCUGCUCCUGCUGUAUCUUGCUCCCGUCUGCAGCCGACCUCAGACACAGAGUGUGGAGCAGCGGCUGCAGAACGAGCUUCUCUCUCUGGAAGAGCCUGCAUCAGACACAAACUCACUCAAGGCUUUGUUCGGGAACCCACAGGAGGGCCCCUGGAGGAAGGAGGGCCCCUGGAAGAAGGAGGGCCCCUGGAGGAAGGAGGGCCCCUGGAGGAAGGAGGGCCCCUGGAAGAAGGAGGGCCCCUGGAGGAAGGAGGGCCCGUGGAGGGAGGAGGGCCCCAGGAGGGAGGAGGGCCCCUGGAGGGAGGAGGACAGUUCUAACGGGACAGAGGACACAGACGGCGCUCUGUCCCGGCUGCUCUCAGACCUGGUGCAGACGUCCAAACGCUCCUGGAGCCGCUACAAGAAGGGGGCCCUCAGGAGCUGCUUCGGGGUCCGACUGGAACGGAUCGGAUCAUUCAGUGGACUGGGCUGCUGA